AUGUCUUCGCUUCCGUUCAACUUCAAAGACUUGGCUCCUGCCACUUCUUCGUGGGGUCCUCAGGGUGAUGUCCCCCAAUCAUUGCGUUUCAGCGACGUCCCAUACGCGCCAUUCUCCAAGAGUGAUAAACUGGGAAAGGCUGCGGAUUGGCAAUCAGCCAAGGAUGCUGCUGCUAUGCAGACUGCCCAGACCAAGAACCAGAAACAGUUCCAAAGAGGCCAAAGAGAUCAAUAUCACGCUUACGGUGCUUCAGCUGCCGCGUCUUUUGCUGCCGAAGAGGAAGAGGCUGGUGAGUUCCUCGUGGUGGACAACACUGCUCCUCCAGUUGGUGCCAGACAGACCUUGACCCUCAGAGGCAAGAAGACGAUUGGCGGAAAGCCUGCUCCGUUCGACAGAAAUGCCAAGGGCCAAACCGGAAACAAGUACCAGAACAACAACGCUAACAACAACAAUAACAACUCGCAGAGACCACAGAACUUCAGGGGUUACAACAAUACCAACCGUUGGAACAGAUUCAAGGACGACUCUGCUGCAAAGAGAGCUCCUUCCGUCAAGGUUGGCUCUGAGUGGAAACUUAUUACUGAAGUUGAGUUCAACAGACUCUCUAAGCUCAACUUGGAUGUUAAGGAUGUCCAGGAUGUCGACACUUACGGUACUUUGAAUUACUACAAUAAGAAGUUCGAAAAGCUCAACGGUACUUUGUCGCAACCUCUGCAGACUCUUGACAGAGCUAUAUUCAAUCCUUCUACUCAAGAUGACCCUAUCAUUAGCAGUUUGGCAGACUCCAAGGCCGCCCAGAUCUUUGCUACCGAUGGAAUCCUCGCCCAACUCAUGUGUGCCUACAGAUCCGUCUACUCAUGGGAUAUCGUUGUGAGAAAGAAGAACGGUGUCAUUUUCUUUGACAAGCGUGAUGGUUCAACGGUUGACAGACUGGAUGUUGACGAGAACGCUCCAAACCCUCCAAUUGAGAACAUUGAAACCGACACGAACAGCGCCGAUAACUUGUCCUUGGAGGCCACUUUCAUCAACCAGAACUUUGUCGCAAACUCCCUUUUGGAAUCCUCCAAAUUCACCUUGAAGCACGCGGAAAACCCAUUCGUCAGCCAGGCUGAUGUUGCGGAGCCAUUGCUCAACCGUGGUUACAAAUACAGAAAGUUUGUGCUGCCAUCGUCAGACGCUUCUGCGGAACCAAUGUCCAUCAUUGUGCGUACCGAGAUCGAUGCCACUGAUAAGCAACCAAAUGGUGAGACUAGCUUCGUCUCCAUCAAUGCUUUGAACCAGUACACCCCAGGAACUCUCGACUGGAAGACCAAGCUCAAUCAACAGAGGGGUGCUAUCAUUGCUGCUGAGCUGAAGAGGAAUAACAACAAGAUUUCCAGAUGGACCACCAAGUCCAUUCUUGGAGGCUGUGACACCAUGAAGAUUGGUUUUGUUGCCAGAGUCUUGCCUAAGGAUAACACUAAGCACGUUGUCCUUGGUGUCAACACCUACAAGCCAUUGGACCUGGCUGCCCAAAUCAACUUGUCCGUCAAUAACGGUUGGGGUAUCGUCAAGUCCUUGAUCGAGAUUGUGGAGCACGAGUCGGGCUCGGAAGAUUACAAAUACGUGAUCUUGAAGGACCCCAAUUCGCCAAAGAUUUCCAUCUACCACGUUCCUUUGGACACAUUCGAGGAGACUGGUGGUUUGGAAGAGGAAUCGGAGGAGUAA